AUGAAUCUCAAGAAUAGAGUAAGCCUUGACCAGGCUAUCGACAUUGUUGAAACCACCAUUGAAGAAGUGGGCAACAAGCUUCGUGAACUGGAUCGCCAAAUCUGGUCAAAUCCCGAAUGCGCAUUCGAAGAGCACCACGCCCAUGACGCCAUUUGCUCCUUUCUAGAGUCAGAAAACAUCCAAGUCACGCGGCAUGCCUACGGCUUACAGACAGCCUUUGAAGCGCGCAGCGGAAACAGCGAAGCGAACGGACAGCUUAUCAAUUUCAACGCAGAAUACGACGCGCUACCUGGUAUCGGGCAUGCCUGUGGACACAAUCUAAUUGCCAUUAGUAGCAUCGCUGCAUUUCUAGCACUAUCGGCCUUGAUACAUCAACUAGGAUUGGACGGGGGGACACAGCUGCUUGGGACACCGGCGGAGGAAAAUGGGGGUGGGAAGACGAUCCUGCUUCGGAACGGAGCUUAUAAGGAUGUGGCUGUGUCGCUCAUGGCUCAUGGUGGUCCUACUUCAAUGGGAGAUGGGAAAGCCGGUAUCUUGAUGAACGCCCGACAACAGAUCAACUGCGAGUUUAUGGGCAAGUCUGCGCAUGCAGGUGCAACACCGUGGGAUGGGCAAAAUGCCCUUGACGCCUUCGUGUCGGCAUAUACCGGCGUUUCCAUGCUGCGUCAACAAAUCCGUCCCGAAGAGCGGAUACACUGUGCCCUUUUGGGUACGCCUAAGGUGGCAAAUGUGAUUCCUGCUUCUACCAAGGCUUGUUGGCAGGUUCGCAGUCCGACGCUGGGAGGAUUAAGGAGCUUGGUGGACCGCGUACAGAAGUGCAUUCAGGCGGGCGCUUUGGCGACGGGCUGUGAGGCCGAAUUAAUCCAAGAGGAUCAUUAUACAGACAUCAAGCUGAAUGGGACACUCUGUGAGCUGUACCAAGCACAUAUGGCCCACUAUGGGCGUAAUGUCGCGAAGAAGGCCUCUGAAAUUUUGACCGGCUCGACGGAUGCUGGUAACGUCAGCUACGCCGUGCCCACCCUUCACAGCUUCUUCUCGAUUGACGCGCCCGAUGGAUCAUGUCCUCACCAGCCUUCUUAUACCGAGGCGGCAGGAACUGAUCAUGCUCACGAUCAAGCAAUCUUGGUAGGUAAAGUGCUGGCUUUGGUUGGAUUCGAUUUAGUUACUGCACCGGACAUUUUGGAACGGGUGCAGCAACAGUGGAAAGAGGCAAUAGAAGCUGAAUGA